AUGAGUAACGGUUCCCCCACCUCAUUUCUCGUGUGGUCACUCCUAUCAUGCCUCUUUCUUUGUUUCCUGUUCUAUCAUUUGUGGAGCUAUGAUAAGUUCCAGUGUCUGAAAUGGGACGCAGGUCGCCAGCCUGGAGCUUUUAGACGCGUCAUGACUUAUUCUUAUCUUAUGACCGUACCGCUUCUCGUGGUAUUCAGCGUUGGCUUGACCGUACUAAAGUUCGAGGAAGGUUUUUCUUAUUCUUGUGUAGUUCGUCCGAAGCCCGUUCAUCUCUGGACUACAAAUCAUCAACACAUACUAUUAGCACUGUAUUUUGUCUUCAGUGUGGCAUGGGCUCUGGAGCUCGUUACUCACUUCGAGGAGCUCGCCUUUUGGCUGUUUUUACUCGACCAAGGGCCCUCAAAACGGGAGUGGUUUAGCAGCUGGGAAUAUCGCCUUUGGUAUACUGGUUGUAUCGCUGCCAUUCUUGGGAUGCCUUUGACAGCGCUCAUUACUAGAAACGAACUAGAAACAAUGGAUGCCUGGUUGUUUCUUAUCGGCUCAGCAGGAGCUACAGCAACCAACGUCGCAUUCAUAUAUGUCCUGGUCCGAUUCCCCGCUUUCCUCCGCCACGUAAAAGCGGAGGGCGCAGAGCCGGACGUCGUCGUUCGGCUUUCAAGCUUUUACGAGUAUAAUCUGCUUCGCGUUUUCUUUAGAUUCAUGUCCGCACUUCCAUUUCUUGCUCUGGCUAUCGAUGGAAUCAUGGGCACUCACCCCAUCAAUGACUUUCUCCUUGUACUCGCCGCGAACGGCCAAUUCAUAUCUUCUGCUAUCACUCUUAUGAUAUUUUUCCCCCGUUCUUUUACCGCGGAAGCGGGCUACCGUACCAAAGCGAACUCU